AUGGCCCAUGAGCGCAACAUCGUGCUGGGCGGGGAUCUUAAUCUGGGGAAUAUUGAGUACGACGUGUCGAAGGGUAACGACGGUCUCCCAUAUGUAACCUUCCGAAAUUUGCCACCUCCGGUUGUUGUGCGGCAGGAGUUACAGCCAUCUGCAGAGGUAAAGGUUCCAAACUUGGGUUCUCGGACUGAAGAGAGCACAAAAGAGUCAGAUAUAUACAAUGGAGUAUGCACGUUCUUGCAGGUACGCCUGAACGACAUGCCACUGAAAUGUUACUUUUUUGAAUAG